AUGUCGCCGCAACGCCCAAACUUCAUCGACCUUCGGGCGCCCUCGAGCAUGUCCAACGUUUCGAGACCUUUACGAUCCCCUAGACUCCAUGUCGCAGGCGAGGCACCCCCGGAAUUGUCACCUCUCGAUGCCUUCGCUCUUCAGAGUCGCCUGUUGGCGAGGCAGCUCCAAGCUGCCGCGAGCGGCGAAGGAAGGCGCAUGAGCAGACUGCCACCUCUGACGACUGAAAGUCCUUUGGUCGUACAGGGCCGAUCAGACUACUUUCGCUCUAUGUCUAAUGAUUCAGGAUCCGACGAGAUGCCACUUCCUGAGCUUCAAAACCCAGGAUUGGGACUUAGAACCGAGGUAGAGGACGCCUUCCCGUCUGAGAAAGAUCGACCGGUCUCGGUGCACCCUCGAAUGAGCCGCAUUCCGCCUACUCCCGACGAGAACGAGCCUCUCCCAACGCCCCUGCCCGACAUGAUGCGUGGACGAGUAUUGGAUUCGAUGGAGGAACACCAGGAUGAGACGUACUUUGGCGCAAGAAGAGAGCAGUCCCCUACGCCAAUGGAACACCCCACGAACGACUCUCACUUGCAAACCUCGCCUUCACGAAAAGAUCAUUCACUACCUCUGCUCUCGCCAGCACGGUCACGCGAAAAUUCAUUAAAUGGAUCGCCUGGCAAGUCAAAAGGACACUCGUUUGAUGGACCUGGCUUGGCUCCUCCGCGACCGAGCUUCACAGCACGAUCGGCGACCUCCAUGUCUUCUCCCCUCGAAAAUACUAGCGACGCCAUGAGCAACUCUGUUCAAUCAUUGCCCCCGCGCAAACUUUCAAGUUGCAGCGCUUAUGCGGCGUCAAAUGCGUCACCCAACCUGAACCCAGGUCCUUUCCAACGCUCACCUUCCGUGUGCUCCGACGCCUCCAUGCCAUUACCGCGACCAUCCUUCAACUUUUCGAGGCCCAUGAGCCGAGCCGGCACACCUGGUUUGGAGACCCCAACGCGUCAGGCCUCAUCCGACAGCCAACCGUCAUUCAUGUUUGCGAAUGACGACUCUGCCAAUACUCCUGUUAGCAUGAACAGCGAGGGCUUCCCCGACCAUGUGCAUGACGAUGGCAAGGCCGCUCCUUCGUACAUUUAUUCCAAGUACUCACUUCCCCGAGGCAAGAUCGUGCAGCGAUCUGUUCCUCUCGACCCUCACCCGCAAGCUUCCUUUCAAUGGGAGCAGCCCGUGACUGCUCCAAGCAACGUGCAAGCUAUCCAACGCGGAGCACCCCCAUCUCCGCCAACUCGGCCAUCUAGCUCAGCAGAGCCCGAUAACCUCAGCUUGGGCAAGCCUUCCUUCGAGCAAGGAAAGCGCAGUCUCGAUCGCGGUGGCCCGGCCCCGCAGCCAUCCCCCAAUCCCAGCCGUCCAUCGACCGAGAGCCGGGCUUCAGAGGAGGAUUCUCGGGGUCGUGCCCUUGUUUCUCAGGCCCACGAUACUGCUGCUCGUGGUCAGACUGCCAUGUCAACUACCAGUGAUUCUAACAGCACUGUCAAGGCGGCUCGCUCAUUGGCAUCAGGUGCCCCGACAGCUUCAGACAUGUCUCCGGAGGAUCACCUAGCCAAGGGUAUUGAAUGCCAUGAGAAUGGCUCAGUGAAGGAAUCCACCUACCAUCUUCGCCAUGCAGCGAAGGGAGGCAACCCGACAGGUAUGCUUCUGUAUGCGCUGGCAUGCAGACACGGCUGGGGUAUGCGGCCCAACCAGCGGGAGGGUGUUGAGUGGCUGCGUAAAGCAGCUGAAUGUGCCAGCCUUGAAAUCGCUGAUGACGAGGACCAUGUCAAGGAAGGAAAGUUUGUGGAUGCCAUGGAGAGAAGAACUCGCAAGGCACAGUUCGCACUCAGCAUCUAUGAGUUGGGUGUGAGCCAUAUGAAUGGAUGGGGUAUCGAGCAGGACAAGGCUCUUGCCCUGAGAUGCUUUGAGAUCGCUGGAUCUUGGGGCGAUGUAGAUGCACUGGCCGAAGCAGGCUUUUGCUACGCUCAAGGAGUUGGCUGCAAGAAGAACCUUAAGAAGGCCGCUGGCUUUUAUAGACAAGCUGAGGCCAAAGGGAUGAACAUGGUCGGCAACAGCUGGAUUCACAAGUCAAAGUACAAUGACGAAGACAAGCCUGCCAAGAAUGCCCGCAGCAAGUCGAGGACGCGCACCAUGUUCGGCAUUAAGACUGGCUAG